CAGGGCCGCUCUGGGCCGCGGCGGCCGCUCGACUGCUCCGAGGCGCGGUCUCGACGCGCCCCGCCCCCGCCCGCGUUCCCAGGGCAACCCGCGGCCGCCGCCAUGGACGCGCUGUUGGGCCCCGGGCCGCGGCGGGCUGGCAGCAGCCUGGGCGCCGCUGGACCUGCGUCUUCGUGCCGCGCGGCGCGGACCCCCGCGGCACCCUGGGCGCGCUUCUCCGCCUGGCUGGAGUGCGUGUGCGUGGUCACCUUCGACCUGGAGCUGGGCCAGGCGCUGGAGCUGGUGUACCCAAACGACUUCCGGCUUACAGACAAGGAGAAAAGCAGCAUCUGCUACCUGUCCUUUCCCGACUCACACUCAGGCUGCCUUGGAGACACUCAGUUCAGCUUCCGCAUGCGCCAGUGUGGAGGGCAGAGGAGCCCCUGGUAUGCCAACGACAGGCACUACCACAGCAGGGCCCCGGUGGCGCUGCAGAGGGAGCCAGCACACUACUUUGGCUAUGUGUACUUCAGGCAGGUGAAGGACAGCUCUGUGAAGAGGGGCUACUUCCAGAAGUCUUUGGUGCUGGUGUCCCGCCUACCCUUUGUCCGGCUGUUCCAGGCGCUGCUAAGCCUGAUUGCCCCCGAGUACUUUGACAAGCUGGCACCCUGCCUGGAAGCAGUGUGCAGUGAGAUCGACCAGUGGCCGGUGCCUGUGCCUGGGCAGACCCUGAACCUACCUGUCAUGGGUGUUGUUGUCCAGGUGCACAUCCCAUCCAGGAUGGACAAGCCUGAGUCCAGUCCUCCGAAGCAGUGUGACCAAGAGAACCUGCUGCCAGCCCCAAUGGUUCUUGCUAGUGUCCAUGAGCUGGACCUGUUCAGGUGCUUCCGGCCUGUGCUGACUCACGUGCAGACACUGUGGGAGCUCAUGCUCCUUGGGGAGCCCCUGCUGGUCCUGGCACCCUCGCCCGACGUGUCCUCGGAAAUGGUGCUGGCCCUGACCAGCUGCCUGCAGCCCCUGAGGUUCUGCUGCGACUUCCGUCCUUACUUCACCAUCCAUGACAGUGAGUUCAAGGAGUUUACCACACGCACACAGGCCCCACCAAACGUGGUCCUGGGAGUUACAAACCCUUUCUUUAUCAAAACACUCCAGCACUGGCCCCACAUCCUCCGAGUCGGGGAGCCCAAGAUGUCAGGAGACCUGCCUAAGCAAGUCAAGCUGAAAAAGCCUUCAAGGUUGAAGACCCUUGACACCAAGCCAGGCCUCUACACUGCUUACACAGCCCACCUCCACCGCGACAAGGCACUGCUCAAACGGCUGCUCAAGGGCGUGCAGAAGAAGCGGCCAUCAGAUGUGCAGAGCGCCCUGCUGCGGAGGCACCUCCUCGAGCUCACACAGAGCUUCAUCAUCCCCUUGGAGCACUACAUGGCCAGCCUCAUGCCCCUGCAGAAGAGCAUCACGCCCUGGAAGACUCCCCCCCAGAUCCGCCCCUUCAGCCAGGAUGACUUCCUGCGGAGCCUGGAGCAUGCCGGGCCCCAGCUCACCUGCAUCCUCAAGGGCGACUGGCUGGGUCUCUACAGGCGGUUUUUCAAGUCCCCCCAUUUUGAUGGCUGGUACCGGCAGCGGCACAAGGAGAUGGCCCUGAAGCUGGAGGCCCUGCACCUUGAGGCUAUUUGUGAGGCGAACAUUGAGACCUGGAUGAAGGACAAGUCUGAGGUGGAGGUCGUGGACCUGGUCCUGAAACUUCGUGAGAAGCUGGUGCGGGCUCAGGGCCACCAGCUCCCUGUGAAGGAGGCAACGCUGCAGCGGGCCCAGCUGUACAUCGAGACAGUCAUCAGCUCCCUGCCCAAGGACCUGCAGGCUGUCCUGUGCCCUCCCUAGGACAGAGCCAAGGGCCAUGGUCCCGGGAGCCUAGGUCUGCCUGAGCCUCCCUCUCCCCAGUGGCCACGGCACUGGGCCAAGCACGCGCUCCCCUUCCUUGGCCCCCCGCCCAGACUGCAGUCUCCCCUUCCUGUACCACCAUUGUCUCAGCAGUAAAGGCGACAUUUGGAACCACA